AUAAAACACACACAAGUAGUACACACUGACAUUAUAAUGCUAGCUACAGCCGGCCCUCGUCGCUAGUCGCACCAUCAUAAAAUUUUACGUUGUUUCUUGAAAUAAACGCAGGAAAGGUACAGCUUCUUUCGAAGUGCUUACAUCUACGUGAUUUUUGAGCAUGGAUUUAUCAUUCUCUGGAUGUGGAUUUUUAGGAAUCUAUCACAUCGGCGUAGCUAGUUGUUUUAAAGAACACGCACCGAAUGUAAUUCGAAACGUGAGUGGAGCUUCAGCGGGUGUCUUAGUUGGUUGUUGUUUGGUUGCUGGUGUUGAUUUUGGCAAGAUUACUGAUAAUGUUUUGAGACUUGUGCAGAAAGCCAGAGCUCGUCUUCUUGGGCCCUUCCAUCCCUUCUUUGACCUGCAUGGAUACAUCAAUGAGGGUUUGCAUAAAGUCCUCCCUGAGAACAUUCAUGAGUUGGCAUCAGGACGCCUCUUCGUCUCGCUAACUAGAGUAUGGGACAAGACUAAUACCAUUGUGUCUGAGUUUAAAUCCAAAGAAGAAGUAAUCCAGGCUGUUUUGUGCAGUGCAUUUGUACCGUUCUACUCUGGGAUGGUGCCUCCAACAUUCAGAGGAACAAAAUAUUGGGAUGGAGGAAUCACCGAUAAUUGCCCCAUAUUGAGUGAGGAUACAGUGACAGUGUGUCCCUUCUCAGGAGAGUUCGAUAUCUGCCCUACCUCUCAGGAGUUUGGUGACUAUCUUAGAUUUACCUCUGCCAAUGUUAAUGUUCACGUUACAUCUACAAACUUCUGGAGACUAUCAAGGGCUCUUUACCCACCAGAGCCAGAAAAGCUCAGGAAACUAUGUCAGCAAGGAUAUGAUGACACAUUGCGCUAUUUGCAGUCACACACUGUGAUACCAUGCAACAGACAUCUAAGUCUAAGUAGAUCUCCAUCGUUUAGUUCAACAAACAAUGACAACCGUAAGUUAUCGACAGGAAGACUAUCGCUGAGAAAUGCUCUACUAUCACGUACAUCUCUACAGUCACUAAGUAGUGACUUAGAAUUGCUGCAAGAAAUGCUAGAGGGAGCUGAUAGCAAUGAGACAUGGGAGGAUUGGAAUGAUGAGGAUUUCUUUGAAGAUGAAGAUGCUUGUCAAGAUUGUAAGAUGCGAGCUGAGCAGACCAUGCUGAAAGGAAGUCUAUCACCUCAGAUUACUAAUGCCAUCAAGGAAGCUAUCAUGCUGGACAAUACACUACUCAACUAUUUAUUCAAGUACAAGAUGCUAAAAGCUGUGUCCUUCAUGGCCCUUCCUUAUGUCAUCACCAUGGAAACGGUGUUACUCUUUACUGUCAGGUUUGCCAGAAGACUACCUCAUGUUCCCAAUGAUGUGCACUAUGUAUUGCAGCGUCUGAUACACUUAAUCAAAGUGUUACUGAGGCAGUAUCAUACUACGGGGAGGUCAGGUAGUGACACUACAAGGUCAUUGAAUGGCAAGAGCAGUGAAUUAUUAACAGCUAUCAGGGAUGAUGACUUAACAAUGGAUCAACUAGAAGACAACAUGAAUAGGAUUGCCUUGAUGCAUAGUCAAUGUAGUCACCAUAGCCAUGCAGUCAAACCACUACCAGACUGUGUCAUGGAUACAUUUGAUCUAUGUGAUGAUGUAUUUGUAGAUCAAUAUCCAAGGACUACAUCUCGUCUUCAUCAUAAGUAUUGUAAUACCAAGUAUGAAAGUUAUGAUCAGACUAUACUGAUUGUAUCUGAGAUUGAUGAUGUUACAGCUUAUCACUACCUCAGGGCAUCUCUGCUGAUUGAUACAAUGAGUACUAAUAAUAAUGUAGAAAUUAAGAUUGGAUAACAUAUGGACAGUACUCGGUAGAGCUAUAGUAGUUACAUGGCAAUAUGAAUAGGGUUUGUAUGAGGGUUUAUAUUACUGAUGCUAUCAACGUACCUCCAAUCACUUUCAAUGUUGAUGAAGCAAUAUUCAUAAAUACCUAAGACAGUUUAUCCAUUCUGAUUGGUCAAAAGGGCAUCAUGUGGGGGGUGUUUA